UUUAGUCAGUUGUCGUUCGAAUCUUAGCAGUUACUAAGCACGGUUCAAAUAAGGCGAACAACUUUAAUUUCUUAGUGACCUAAUAUAUGUAUUUGGUUGAUAUAAUAAUAUAAAAUUAAUUGCAUAAAUAAUAUCUCACGUAUAACUUAAUAAUGCUUAAAAGUCUUCAAAAGGAAGAGGGAUUAUUUAUUAGUGAACUUUACCAGUAUUCCAACCUAUUAAUAAAACCGAUAUCUGUGAAAAGCUCUAUUUACUUGUGUGUAUUUAUAUUUUGCUAAAGCUAAAAUAUGCAGAUAAUAGAUCACCAAGAAAGUCACGAAAUCCUCGCUAAUGAUGAAAUCGUUAAAGAACAGUUAAUAAACUGUAAUAACAGUCAAACGAGAUCUCUAAGUAGGAAAAGUUCUUUAAAUGUAAGUAGAAAUUCUAGUAAAGAAAAUGUAGUGCAAAAACAACAUUUAGUCGCUACCGUUUUUGAACUAACUGGAAUACAAGAAAAGGAAGGCUCCAAAGAAUUCGGAACGUUAAUACUAUUGGGAGUAAUGUUGUUACUUUUCAUAAUAAGUAUCACAGGAUUUUUUAUCAUGUGGUUUACAGAAUAUUAUAACGACACGAUGCUUUCGCAAAUUAUUUUAAAAAAUGAUUCCGAAAGCACAAAAAAUUGGAUGAAUCCAAAUCCUAAAUAUGACACUUUACUAAAAGUACACAUAUUCAACUAUACAAACAUUGACAAAUAUUUCGCUGGAGUCGACGAUAAAAUUAAAGUUGAGGACAUUGGUCCACUAACAUAUAAGGAACAUACAACAAAAGUAAACGUUUCGUUUAAUAAAAAUUACACUGUAACAUUUAGGGAUCAUAGAACUUACCAGUUUCUACCCGAAAAAUCUAGCUGUGAAGAACGCGAAAUAUUUGUGCUUCCUAACGUGCCUUUAAUAAGCGCUUCUACUAAAAUUGAAAAAAUUAACAUUUUCAAGAAAAUUAUGGCCAUAAAUUUAAUUAAUGCAUAUGACGAAGGUGCAUUUAAGACUCUUACGGCUCAUGAAUUUUUGUGGGGAUACCGUGAUCGAAUUGUAUCAUUGGAUAUUGGAACGGGGUCAACUCACUUCGGCUUAUUAAUGAAUCGAAAUGGAACUAGUGUGGACUCUCUGCAAAUAAAUACAGGCGAAGACGAUAUUCGAAAAUUUAGUAUAAUAACACAGUUCAAUGGUCAACCUCUUCUAGACUUCUGGGCAGAUCAGAAAUGCAAUCGUGUUGAUGGUUCAGAUGCAUCAAUGUUUCCGCCUCAUAUUUUAAAUACUAGAGAAGACUUGCAAGUUUUUUUGCAAGUACUUUGCAGAAAAAUUCCUCUUUCUUUUGAAAAAGAAGUUACAAUCCUUAAUAAUAUUGACGCUUUUCGUUACCGAACGCCAUUGAACGUUUUCUCUAGCCCAGAAAAUAAUCCAGAAAAUGAAUGCUACUGUCACAACACUCAAGUGUGCUUGCCCAGUGGAGUCAUAAAUGCCACUAAAUGCUAUAACGGAGCUCCUAUAUUUCCGUCCUUUCCACAUUUUUUCUCCGGAGAUCCAAAAAUUUACAAAGAUUUUGAUGGAAUCAAGCCUUCGAGGGAAUUACAUCAAACUUAUGCUGAUAUCCACCCAAGAUUUGCAUUUCCUAUAAGUGGUGCUUCGCGAAUACAAAUCAAUAUUGCGGUCCAUAAAGGUUCAAUUUUGAAAAAUAAAUUGGAUCGAAUUAAAGAAGGCACCAUAUUACCUCUUAUAUGGAUAGAAAUAACAUCAGGGGACUUUACCGAUGAGAUAAUAGAUAAUCUCUAUAUAAGCACCUUCGGUUUGAACGCCAUCCAAUAUGCUUUGAAAUAUGGCACAUUAUUUGCCUGCAUUAUUUCAUUUGCACUCAUCGUUGGAGGAUUUUAUAAUUUAACUCAAAAACGAAGACAGCACGCUAAUCUAGCACUAAGUAAAACGUAAAUAGGAAAUGAAAAGGAUGUUAGAUAUUAAGAACUAAUGCAAAACAAGAGCUUUGUAAAUAUGUACAUAAAUAUUACUUGUUAACCAAACCUAUUUUUACAAACUUGUGCUUAGUGUGUUAUCAUAUAAUAAUGUCCCGUUUUUCAGAUAUCUAAGCAUAGCGAUCCCAAACGGUUUGAACAGGUGUAAAAAAUCUAGAAACCAAAGAAACUAGUUAAAUCAAUUGAAAUGACAGUUAAACAUUAAAAUGACUCCUUCAUUUUAAACUAGUUUACCAAUAACUACUUAAUAAAUGUUACGGAUUCGAAAUGACAAUACGGUUUUGUUCUGCAAUUCGUCCGAUUUCUUUUGACUUAGAAUUUAUGUUCGAAACAGCUGAUUCCCUUGUGACAGUUUGACAAAACAAAUAAAAAAGAUUCGUUAGUUCAAUAUAUGAGCUAACCUGGAAUUAAAUAUAUUUUAUUGAAGAAAUAAUGUUUUUUAAGGCCGCUUAUGUGUUGAGCGAACGUAAACAAUCAAUUUAGAAACGGAACCAUUGUAAUCCCCUGUCCACCCCUGUCC